AUGGCUCAGCUCCAAGGGAAAGUCAUCGCUCUCACUGGCGCGGCCUCGGGAAUUGGCGCAGCCACGGCCCUAGAAUGUGCUGCGCGAGGAGCAGCAGGGCUGUCGCUGUGUGACAUCAAUGAGGACGCCUUGAAAAAGGUGGUGGACCAGAUACGGGCAAAGGGCGUCAAAGUGACAGGAAGACGAGUGGACGUCGCCGACUCGGACCAGGUCGAUGCCUGGAUCGCAGACACAGUCAAGGAGUUUGGCAGGUUGGACGGCGCCGCCAACAUUGCGGGCGUUGAGACGAAGCCGGGCGGCAAGGUCUUUGCCAACAUCGUCGACAUCACCAACGACCACUGGGACUUUAUCCUGAAAAUCAACCUCACUGGUCUCUUUUACUGCCUCCGUGCCGAGCUCCGCGCCAUGGACCGGGGCGCCUCGAUCCUCAACGUCGCCAGUUUGGCCGGCGUCAUGGGCCGCCCUGGCAUCGGCGCCUACUCGGUCAGCAAACACGGCGUGGUCGGCCUGACGAGGACAGCGGCCAAAGAAGUCGGCCCGCGUGGCAUCAGAGUCAAUGCUCUUGCCCCUGGUCCUAUAGAGACACCCAUGCUGGAGAGGUUACUUACCGACGGUGGUUCGUCAGAUCGCCCCGUCACAAACACCUACAAGACCUUGCCUCUCCAGCGACUGGGAACUGCCCAAGACAUGGCAAAGACCAUCUGUUUCGCCCUGAGCGACGAUUCGAGCUACACUACGGGCGCCACAUUCUCUGCAGACGGCGGUGUCGCCUGCUAG